AUGUCAGAAUUACCUGCUAACCCAGUUCAUGUCGCGCUUUAUUUGACAUAUCUUAUUGAUAAACAUUGUUCUCCCACUGUUAUAGACUCCGCUGUAUAUUCUAUCAAAUGGGCCCAUGAACUUAAUGGCUUCAACGAUCCUACUAACAAUUCGUAUGUUAAAUCACUGACCGAAUCUGUAAAACGUUUGAACGGUAGACCAGUUGUCAAAAAGGAUCCAAUUAACAAUAAUAUUCUUAUUGCUUUAUGUUCAUUGUACGAAAGGUCAGAAGAUUUAUUGAUAGUUCGUGAUUUGACCAUGAUUUUGAUAGGUUAUUCAGGGUUUUUGCGUUACGAUGAGCUUACCUCCUUAAAAUGUAAAGAUAUCACAGUUUUCGAUGAUUAUUUAGAGAUACACAUUUCACGUAGUAAAACUGAUCAAUACCGACAGGGUAAUAAAAUGUUGAUUUCAAUAGGUAGAACUUUAGCUUGUCCAUUCAAAAUGUACAAUAGAUAUAUUAAGUUAGCUAGUCUAGAUGAGAAAUCUGAUUUAUUUGUUUUUAUACCUUUAUUUAGAUAUAAGGGUAUAGAAAAAUUGAUACAUAAGAAUAAGAAGAUGAGUUACACAUCAGCUAAAGAGAAUAUUGUCAAAAGAGAAUUAGAAUUGUCGCCCCGAAUCACAAUCUAG